AUGUCGCACGCAAGUCCUGCUGCCUUCUCUGAAGAUCCUGAAGCCCUUGAAGAGCUGGCUCAAAUUGACUAUUCAAUUCGGGUUAGCCUUGAAAUGGCUCACCAAGGCUUGGUUCAACGCAAAAUUCGCAUUUACGCGGACGGAAUCUACGACAUGUUUCAUACUGGUCAUGCUCGACAGCUGAUGCAAGCCAAAGCCGCUUUUCCCAAUGUGUACCUAAUUGUCGGAGUUUGCAACGACUAUUUAACCAACAAAAACAAAGGAAAAACUGUUAUGAAUGAGGAGGAGAGAUAUGAAGCCGUGCGCCAUUGCCGAUAUGUCGAUGAAGUUGUCAAGGAUGCUCCGUGGGAACUUACUGAAGAUUUCUUGACCAAACACAAGAUCGAUUUUGUUGCCCAUGACGAUAUUCCCUACACAUCUUCUGAUACAGAGGACGUGUACACGUUGAUCAAAGAGAAAGGCAUGUUUUUGGUGACGCAGCGUACCGAGGGCAUAUCCACUUCGGAUUUGGUCUCUCGAAUUGUGCGCGAUUACGAUGUCUACGUUCGACGGAACUUGGCUCGCGGUUACACAGCCAGAGAAUUGAACGUUUCUUUUCUCAAUGAGAAGAAGUUUAUCCUGCAAAACAAAAUUGACGAGAUUAAGGAUAAGAGUCAUGAGAUUAUUCAAAAAUGGGAAGACAAAAGCCGAGAGUUUAUUAAUAAUUUCACACAGCUUUUUGGUCCUGACGGCUUGAACAAUCUGCAGAAUCUAUGGAACACCGGCGCUGGCCGAAUUAAGCGUGCCUUAUCACCUGCUCCCAGUCCUCCGUCCAGUCCUGAACGUCAGCCAGUUUCCACCUCUUCCUCGUCAUCUUCUCUUAAUGGCAGCUACAGCAGCAAUGAUCGUCCAAGCCGCAAUCGUUCCUCGAGUCGACAGCGCAAAAUGGCAAAAAUGUCAAAGACUGCUAGUUUGGACAAGUACUCGGAUGACGAAGAAGCUGAUAAGGAGGAUACUUUCAACAAUGAAGAGCUGCGAGAGAAGCGCUCAGAGAAAGUGUAG